AUGGCGGCAAACCAUGGUCGUAGCUUUUACUCAUUGUUAAUGUUGCUCUUAAUCGCCUCGUUUUCAUCCAUGAUCGAGGCCCGCAGCCUACUUGAAUCACCGAUGGUGAUUCCUCUGCCGCUAAUUCCAACUCUGCCAGAACUCAAAAUUCCGGAGCUUCCAAAAGUGGAAAUCCCGGUCCUGCCGAAGCCGGAGGUGCCGGAAUUGCCGAAACUGGAGAUUCCAGAGCUGCCAAAAUUUGAGUUUCCAGAAUUGCCAAAAUUGGAAAUUCCGGCUCUGGAGAUUCCGGAAUUGCCGAAAGUCGAGAUUCCGAAUGUUGGAGAAAUAUUGCCAAUGCCGACAUUGGUGCAACCCGAAGUACCAGAAUCGCCUUGA